AUGCAGCGUACAACUAUAAAUACAUGGCUCCCCGUAGCCGCAUUGACAGGCGUCGGCCUUGUUAAUGGAGUGGAGAUAGGCGCGGAGGCCAAUCUUGCCUGUGCGCAUCUGUGUGAUGGCCGAGCUUAUCGCUCUGUGUACGCCAGUGUGUUUGGUGAGGAUGUCUUUUCCCGGUCGAACGCCGUGAGGUGCUGGAUGUGCGAGACCAAGAUGGAGCCGGUGCCCAUGAACCACGUCAUGACCUCCUUCAGGCGCGACUACGAGCUCAUCUACACGCUCAUGCUCAGCCGCAUCUCCGCCUUCAUGAAUCGACGCGACAGCAGCGGAAUCCUGGCACCAGCCUCUUGGGCGGGCACCUAA